AUGAACAUAUGUAGAAGGCUGUCCAAUUGAUCAUAAGAUCGAAACGCCACUAAAUGUGUUACAUUCGGUAGUUUUAUCCUGUCAGGGUCCAAGAAAUUGGAGAUAAUAAUAGAGGCAUGCAUAUGGGAUUAUCGUGUACAUUGUCCUCCCUAUUUCUUCAAUCAACUAACUUGGAGCUGAACUUCAAAAUCAUCACGAAAACCCCCAAGGACAAGCACUAUGGCGCAGCCUGCAAUGUCUGGCACCUGUCCAGAAUGCAGCGACAGUCCUCUCUCGGUGACGGGAAACAUCAUUGGAAUCUUGACCUUUGCGCUUGGAGUGUUUGCCUUCUGUGCAACUCUGUUCGCCGUGUUGCGCGGGGCAAACGAGGAAAUAUGUCGCAUUCGACAGACGCUGAAUGAAACAGAAAGCGAAAUCCAGGAUAUCUACCCCUAUUUUACGGGCCUUGAACUAGAAGCCGAUGAAGACCUUAAGAAUCAUCAAGCUCUAGUUCAACAGUGUCUGGAAGGAUUAGUUGACGCCAGAACUACUGUAUCAUACCGCCUUGAAUCCAUUGAGAAAGUGCAGUCUGGACUAUGUAGACCACUUGGUUGGUGGUGGCGAGAGAAAGAGAUACAAGGGGGGUUACUCAGGAUCGAGAACCACAAACGGCAGAUAAUGAUUAUUCAGUUGACCUUCCUUCUGAAGAAAGUCAAAAAGCAAAGCCAGGACGUCGAGAAAAUCAUGGCGUGGGAUGGAAUACCUCCUUCUUAGGCGAGCAGUAUCUGUAUCAUUCUCCCCACUAAUUCGCUUAUGGGGCUUAGGCGGAAAACGAUAAUAAUAUCAAUCGUUUUACGAA